GAUCAAGAGUGGAUGAAUUUCAGAUCGCGGGCAGGGGCGCGGCAUUAAAGAUCUUGUACAUAGGUAUCUUAAACUGGGGCUGCUUGCAGUGCUCUCGCCUAUGAAACAGUGGGGUGCCAGCAGCUGCAUCAUGCAGCAUUCUUAAUUCCAAUCUCUGCUGCAGCGGCUUUGUUGUUGACACCUUCUUUCGUACAGGGAGAAGGUUCUCUUUGCAAGGCCAACUACCAAGAAAACUUGACUCUCCAACCCUGUGCCCAUUCGUGGCAAUUGUGCAUCUCGAGCCACCUUUGCUCUUUGAGGAAGUUGAGUUCAUGAAAUGCAAAAGCGGUGAAGCACUUGGAGGGUUUCCAUGAGUUUCCAUGGCCACUGGCCGGGCUCUCCAGCUAUUUCAUCGUACAAGAUAAAAGGGAAGAAGAAAACCCUUGAUUGAGAGGGUUUCUGCAGAUGUUGAAUUGAAAAGCCAGUACUUGAGCAUCAACACUUUUGCAUUGUGCGCUACUACAUUAUUCUGGCGCCCCGCCGAAAAGCACAAUGGGAGGGGUGACGUCCAGCAUAGCUGCAAAAUUUGCGUUCUUCCCCCCGUCACCACCUUCGUACAAGGUCGACAAGGAUCCUGCCACGGGCAAACCGAGAUUGUCCCCACUGCCGUUGAAGAAGAACGUGGAGGUGCUGUGGCUGAAAACCCGCCGAAGAACAGAGAUCUGUGCCAUGCUGGUCAAGAACCCGUAUGCGAGGCUGACACUUCUGUACAGCCAUGGGAAUGCGGCAGACCUGGGACAAAUGCACGACCUGUAUGUUGAGCUCAGUUCGCUUCUGGAGAUUAAUGUAUUGGGGUAUGAUUAUUCUGGAUACGGCGCAAGUACUGGCAAGCCCAGUGAACAGAACACAUAUGCUGACAUUGACGCCGCGUACGACCACUUGGUGGGGCAACUAGGGGUGCGGGAAGAGGACGUGGUUCUUUACGGACAGUCAGUGGGGAGCGGGCCGACCGUCGAUCUCGCUGCUAGGAAGGAGAAGAUCCGGGGCGUCGUGUUGCACAGCCCCAUGCUUUCGGGCGUCCGAGUCAUGUACCCUGUGAAGCGAACGUACUGGUUUGAUAUCUUCAAGAACUGCGAGAAGAUCGGGAGCGUCAAGUGUCCAGUCCUCGUCAUGCACGGCACUGCCGACGAAGUCAUAGAUGUGUCACACGGCAAGAAACUUGUGGAGAUGUGCAAGCGGGCUUACGAACCCCUUUUCGUGGAAGGAGGGACGCACUGUGACCUGGAAUUCUUCUCGGAGUACAUAAAUCAUCUGCGGAAACUCAUUCGACACUUAGAAGAGGACAGGUAGUUUAGAGAGGAUCACCCUUAGCUCAACGCACGCUUAGACAGACCGCAGCAAGAGGAAGUACUGCCAUCGGAAGGGAUGUAGUUAUCUUAUGCACGUGACAGGCUACUCGAGUUAGUCUUGCCAGAAAAAGUGUCUAGCUCGCAUACCGGUAUAUUCUGGACACACGUUUGUGCCAUGUUGACUACCUGCCAUUCUUGAGUGCAAAUCAUAAGCAUGGUGCAUCCAGUGUUG